ACAAAAUGCAGGGAUCCGUUUCGAGAAUGGGGCCAUGCGGCGGCGGCGGCGGCCACGACAGGGACAUGGACAUGCGCGGCGUGAACCGUGUGGUCAAGCUGGUCGUCCGCCACGGCGACACCGUCGACGCCAUCUCCGUCCUGUACGAGCGGAACGGCCGGGAGGAGUGGACCGACCUGUGGGGAGGACAAGGGGGGACGCUCUCCGAGAUCUGCCUGCGGCCGGACGAGCACUUCACCGGCGUCGUGGGCCACUACGGCGAGUUUGAUGGCAGCUUCGCCGUGAGGUCGCUCACUUUCGUCAGCAACGCCCGCAGCUUCGGGCCGUACGGGCAGGAGGAUGGCGUGCCGUUCGCGCUUCCUGCGGCCGGCGGCAAGAUCCUCGGCUUCCACGCGCGCUCCGGCCGCCGCCUGGACGCGCUCGGCACCUACGUCAAGAUGGCAGAUCUGUCCACGCAGGCCCCACGGAACUGAUCAUGACCUUGCCCAUAGGAGUUCCUUAUUGUACGUGCGGUAGUAUAUCUCACUAGUUACGGCUACUCCAUGCGAUUUAUUAUUUCAUAAUACUUGUUUGUGUUCUUCUUACCACCCUAGAAUUUCCUUGCUGUACGUGCGUAGUACAUCUCCUCACUAGUUACGGCUUGCUCCUCCAUGCCAUUUAUCAUGCCCGACCUGGUUGUGUUCUUAAUAAAAUGUACUACAUACUA